ACAAAACGUUUUGCUUCCUGGUGACAAUUAGUUUUCGUUUUAGUUUGAAAACUACGUUUUGUGGAAUUUUGAACUUUGUUUAUAUUCAACAUGUCACGCGAUGUAGCUAAACUCGAUUUAUAUGGAAUACUUGGAGUGGGUGAGGAAGCGACAGAAAAGGAAAUUGUAAAAGCGUAUCGCAAAACUGCUUUGAAAUGCCAUCCAGAUAAAAACCCAGAUGAUUCAAAAGCUGCAGAAAAGUUUCAGGAAUUGUCCAAAGCGCUAGAAAUACUUACAGAUGUGUCAGCAAGGGCUGCUUAUGAUAAAAUUAUAAAAUCCAAGAAGGCUGCAGAGUUUCGACAUAAACAUUUGGAUAGCAAAAGAAAGAAGUUUAAAGAAGAUUUGGAGGCGAGGGAAUAUGCAGCACAAGCGAAGAGGGACACAGGCUAUGAAGCCCAAGCAGACCUGAAAGCUGAGAUCGAAAGACUUCGGAAAGAAGGUUCAAAAUUACUGGAACGAGAACAAGAACUUUUGCGACAGAGACUAUCGGAGACAAAGACAAAACCAGACAAUACCGAGUCUGAAACGGUUGUGUUGCCCAAAUUAAAAAUUAAGUGGAAAGCCAAAAAAGAUGACGGAUCAAAUGGUGGAUACACGUAUGAUGACCUCUUUAAAUGUUUGAAUAAGUACGGUGACAUUUCAGCUCUCAUUGUGUCAAACAAGAAAAAUGGUGCAGCAAUUGUGGAGUUUAAAAACAGCAGGGAUGCUCAGUUUGCUGUUCAGUUUGAAAAGGGACACCCUGACAACCCACUGACUUUGACAUGGUUGUCGGGGAAACCAUCAGAGGUUUCCGAAGGUUGUUAUAACAGUGACAUUAGUAAUGCCAGCAGUGAUGUUUCCCGGACUGCGAACACGACAAAUGAUAAUCCAAUAUACACCAGUGUGCCCAUUUCUUCUAAUGAUCGAAAUUUUGAAAGUUUGGUUUUAAUGAAAAUGAGACAGGCAGAAGAGAGAAGAAAAUUAAUUGAGCAAAUGCAAAAAGAAGAUGAAGCAGUGUAAUAAAUGAAGGAUGCUCUAGAAAUUUAAA